UUUCGAUCGGACGCCAGCUCGCUCACUUCUCACUUGAAUCAGGCGUCGUGACGGUCGUGACGCUUUUGAUUCAGCAUUAGUUUGUUUAUGUUUUGCAGAGUAGUGCGAUUUGUUUACCGUCCUUUAUCGCAGUUUGAUAACGUUUUAUGCCGGAAAUGCAGUGUGUUGUUUUGAAUUGUGUGUCAGAUCAACGGGAUUGUGUGCAUCGUUUCCCAAGAAGCAGUUUCCUUUAUGAGCGAUGGCGACAGGCUUUCGAAAUCGGAACUGGAGAGCAGUUUCCGAAGGAUGUGGACCCUUUGGAAGUGGUAAUCUGCCAACAGCAUUUUACGGGAAUUGAUGGAUAUCAAGAACCGGUUGUAUUUCAUAAUGCGAGCUUGAAUAAACAAAUCCGACUGGACUGCUGCAGACUGUGUUUGAAGCUGGACUAUUCUGAUGCAAUUGCAACGAACUGCGGUGGUCAGAUUGUCGUUGAGCAAACAGUGAACGAUUUGUUGAGUACUACGUUUGGAAUAGUAUUAUCCGAAAGUGACCAAGCAAAAGGGAUCUGUCGGGAGUGCUUAGCAAGACUGGAAAUAGUAGAAAACACGUUCAAUUAUUUUUCGAAAAAGAAUCAGCGUUGGAGGCAAAUGCAAGAGCUUAUAUUGGAAGAAGAUACGCAUUGGCUUGGAAAUAAUGAAACGUUAGAUAAUGAAGAGCAGGAAUUACCAGAAACUGAAUCACUGUCAGUCAGAGUAGAGGCCGAUGAAUUACAGUUACAUAAAAUUCAAUCAAACUUAAAGAAUGAAAUCAAAGUUGAAAUUGAGGACUUUAAACUGCAGGACUCGAACUCCAGAAAUGAAUCACAGAUCACGCCAACUCGUGAAUACGUUGAAAGUGCACCUCUUGUUCUAAUACCAGUGAAUGCGAGUUUUACAAUCAAGGAUCCAAAGCAUCCAGUGGAGUACAAUCCAGUAGACAUUCCUUCAACUUCCUUUCCAUACACAUUACCCACGCAGCCGUGCACUCUAUCCAGUGAACAAUCACUACCACAUGACAAAAGUAGCCCCUCAAAAGCCACAAACCUAACGAGCCCUCACAUUUGCACCAUCUGUUCCAAAUCAUUUACCAAAGCUUCCGGUCUCCGAGAACAUCUGCAGAUACACCAAGGAAUCAAAAACUUCAAAUGCCAGUACUGUGGAAAUCGGUUCCGCACUCGCAAGAACUGGAAAAUUCACGAAACGCUGCACGAAAACGGCCAGGCGUACACGUGUGCAAUUUGCUCGAAAUCGUUCACCCACCCAUCAAAUCUGAAGCGUCACGAACAGCAGCUGCACGCUGGCACUAAAGCGUACUCGUGCAAUCUGUGUGGCAAACGCUUCUCCAGACAGAACCAUCUGCAUGUACAUCUGCGAGCCCAUACGGGCGAGAAGCCGUACCAGUGCCCAAAAUGUGGUGGCUGUUACAGCACCAGUAGUGGCCUUUCGAAGCAUCGAAGAAAGGUUUGUAGAUUUACGCAACAGGAAAGAAAUGUUCCCGCUUGAAUAAAGAAUAGUUUGAAAUAGGGUCUAUUUGAUUGCAUUUCACACCAGGGAAA